AGUAGUAAUAGUAGUAAUAGUAGUAACAGUAGUAGUAGUAGUAACAGUAGUAAUAGUAGUAAUAGUAGUAGUAGUAGUACUAACAGAAGUAACAGUAGUAAUAGUAGUAAUAGUAGUAACAGUAGUAAUAGUAGUAACAGUAGUAAUAGUAGUAACAGUAGUAGUAGUAGUAACAGUAGUAAUAGUAGUAAUAGUAGUAGUAGUAGUACUAACAGUAGUAACAGUAGUAAUAGUAGUAAUAGUAGUAACAGUAGUAAUAGUAGUAAUAGUAGUAACAGUAGUAGUAGUAGUAACAGUAGUAAUAGUAGUAAUAGUAGUAACAGUAGUAGUAGUAGUAACAGUAGUAAUAGUAGUAAUAGUAGUAACAGUAGUAAUAGUAGUAGUAGUAGUACUAACAGUAGUAACAGUAGUAAUAGUAGUAGUAGUAGUACUAACAGUAGUAACAGUAGUAAUAGUAGUAGUAGUAGUACUAACAGUAGUAACAGUAGUAAUAGUAGUAAUAGUAGUAGUAGUAGUAACAGUAGUAAUAGUAGUAAUAGUAGUAACAGUAGUAAUAGUAGUAGUAGUAGUACUAACAGUAGUAACAGUAGUAAUAGUAGUAGUAGUAGUACUAACAGUAGUAACAGUAGUAACAGUAGUAAUAGUAGUAGUAGUAGUAACAGUAGUAAUAGUAGUAAUAGUAGUAACAGUAGUAGUAGUACUAACAGUAGUAACAGUAGUAAUAGUAGUAAUAGUAGUAAUAGUAGUAAUAGUAGUAACAGCAGUAGUAGUAGUAAUAGUAGUAACAGUAGUAAUAGUAGUAACAGUAGUAGUAGUAGUAACAGUAGUAAUAGUACUAACAGUAGUAACAGUAGUAAUAGUAGUAGUAGUAGUACUAACAGUAGUAAUAGUAGUAGUAGUAGUACUAACAGUAGUAACAGUAGUAACAGUAGUAAUAGUAGUAGUAGUAGUAACAGUAGUAAUAGUAGUAACAGUAGUAACAGCAGUAGUAGUAGUAAUAGUAGUAACAGUAGUAAUAGUAGUAAUAGUAGUAAUAGUAGUAAUAGUAGUAACAGUAGUAGUAGUAGUAAUAGUAGUAACAGUAGUAAUAGUAGUAAUAGUAGUAAUAGUAGUAACAGUAGUAAUAGUAGUAACAGCAGUAGUAGUAGUAAUAGUAGUAACAGUAGUAAUAGUAGUAACAGUAGUAAUAGUAGUAGCAGUAGUAGUAAUAGUAGUAAUAGUAGUAAUAGU